AUGAAUCUCGACAACCCAUUCGCAGCGUUCUUCAGGAAGAGGACGACCACUGUCUCUUCGUCGUCUGUGACUGCCGCUUCUGUGGGCUUUAAGCGUCUUCGCCCUGACGAGGAUGCAUUGCUGACUUCGCCGGCCUCCUCUCCUUCAGCAGUCGCCCCGGGGGCGAGCACAAGAGCCGCAACAACAGACGCCGCCGCCAACAACGCCUCGCCGAACGGGGCGGAGCACGGCGGCGCGGGAGAUGCCUUCCCCACUGCCUCCGCGUCCUCUUCCAGCCCGGUGAAAGUCAUGCUGCUGCCGGACGACGGGGAUGAAGAGGAGGAGGAGCUGCGCUUGCUGCUCGGCAACACCAAUAAGGUCUUCGUGCGGCCGCAGGCGGCGAGAACAACAACAACAACAGCGACAGCAGUGGAAGGGACGGCACCUGCGACACGAAAAAACACGGCGACUGAACGGGAGGGACCCAACGCGGCAUCUCGCGUUAACACGGCGGUGGCGGUGGGAGAGUUGCCGUGGGCGACGCGCUCCAACGAUGUGCGUGAGGAGAUCGCCGGUCGCUUUGAGGCCCAGUUCAAAUGGGAGCUGAGGCACAACUCGGAGUUGUUGCGUGUGUUUGGGCCGUUUUUCAGUGACCGUGCGCUCAGUCGUAUCGACGCUGAUGUACAGGGGCCGCAGUUCCUCGCCGCUCCCACUGUAACAGUGGAGAACACGGCCGCCGCUGGUGGCUACACGCUGCGCUCCUACCAGCUGGAGGGCGUGCAGUUCCUUCUAAAAAGCUUUCACAGUGGGAUUCCGUGCAUCUUGGCGGAUGACAUGGGCCUCGGAAAGACAGCACAGAUUGCGUCAUUUCUUAACAUGCUUAAGACACAACACACCAUUGACGGUCCGCACUUGGUAGUGGCACCGCUGUCGACACUGACGAGUUGGACGCGAGAACUCGCCCGGUGGGCGCCAACGCUGCGUGUGGUGAAGUACCACGGGGAGCGGAAGGGGCGGGCCGCGCUGCGCACUGCUCACAGCAACCGUCACGGAGUCUUUGUGACAACGCCGUCGGUGCUCAAUCAGGACCGUGGCUUCUUCCGUAAGCGGACGUGGGUGGUCGCAGUGGUUGACGAGGCACACGUGUUGAAAGGGCGCAGCACGAUGAUCUCGUACGUGGCGCGAAAGCUCACAGCGUGUUUUCGCCUCGCUGUGACAGGUACACCUGUUCACAACAAUGUUGGUGAGGUUUGGAGUUUGGUGAGCUUUCUCUAUCCGUCCUAUUGCGCUUCCUAUGACAACAGCAACGCUAACGACCCUGUCGGGGCAGCCGAAGACUGUGCGAGGUUGCUCCAGCACAUUAUGCUGCGUCGAACAAAAGGGUCAAUCGAGUUGGGCAUUCCACCACGUGUAGACGAGCCGACUAUCAUGCUUGGCCCUACAAGCGUCCAGCAGCGGCUGCUCACGCGCAUGACGGAGCAAGUCUUGAGAGAAGAGGGCACCACCAACACGCAUCUCCAACUUCACCUGACACAUCAACGCAUUGUGUGCAACCAUCCAAUGGCGCUACGCCUGUUGGCAACAGAGGGGCGUAACUCUGGCGUGGAUGGAUGGGAGGAGCGCCUAGCCGCAGCAGGCAUCGCGUUGGAUGAGGCCUCCAUCAUUGCACCAAGUGCCAAGAUGAUAGAGCUAGAUCGUAUGCUAAGAAGACUCAAAGAGGAGGGACACCGAUGCCUGAUUUUCUCUAAUUUCACUUCUGUCUUGGAUCUCCUGCAGGCGCAGUGUGUGCUGCGGGGCUACAGCUUCGAGCGGUUGGAUGGUUCCACCCAGCGUGUGGAGCGGGAACUCGCUAUGAUUCGCUUCAACGCCCCGGAUUCGAACUGCUUUGUCUUUCUCCUCACAACAACCGCUGGUGGUGUAGGUGUGACGCUUACAGGCGCUGACACCGUGAUUCUCUUCGAUGCCCACUACAAUCCACAGAUUGAUCGUCAGGCUGCGGACCGCGCGCACCGCAUCGGUCAGACACGUGUUGUGCGAGUCUACCGUCUGUGUCUUAGCAACACCCUCGAGGAACGUAUUCUUAAUGUGGCCCUGCGAAAGGCGUCGCUUGGUGAUUUCAUUGUGGACGGUGGUAGUGGGAAGGGCGAUAACGCGUCAAGCAUAUCACUCUCUGCUGAUCGUAUCCGUCAACUGUUUGAGGAAGGUGCCAAAACUACCAGCAACAGCAGCAAUACCAUCAGCACGGGCACUGCCGCCUGUGAUGAAUGCCAACAUGAUGAUGUGGUGUCCGUUGACCGCGACACCACGGCGGAGGACGCCAUGGUGGAGGACUUACUGUGCGUGGAGAUGCACGGACUGCCGAGGCCCCGGGCGUUGCAGCAGGAAAGCCGGUCCGUGCGGCCCACAGUCGGUGUCACGCACAACUGUUUCGUGUGUGGCCAUAUCAUGCGGCCGCUGGAGCCGUUGUACCAUUGCGCAGUGUGUCCCAAGGCAUACCACGCCGACUGCGUAGGAGAACGGAAGCUGCAGGCCGGUGUGGCCGGGCCACGACAGUGGACGUGCCCCCGCCACAGCUGCGCGUCGUGUGGGAAGGCGCAAGCGGUCGACGGGGCGGUGUUCAUGUGCAGUGAGUGCCCCCUUGCAUUUUGCUUCGACUGCCUCGACCCGCGCUACUUUGAUCUGGACGAUAGCAAGACAUCCUUUGUUCACAUCCGUCGCUCAUACCCUGGUAUGGAGGCGGAGGAAAUGGGUGUGCGGCGCUCUGUCUAUUACAUCACGUGCCUCCGCUGCAAUGGAGUGUUGUCAUCAUCUUCAUCCUCAUCUUAUGGCUCAGAAAGCGAUGCAACAAGUGACGAUGGUAGUGGUAGCCUUGAGGAUACGGGGGAUGAUCUCAUAUAA